CAGGACUGAGGGGUACUGCAAUGACUUGUUUACAUAGUCUAGUUGAUUUGCUGAUAGAAAUGACGACUACUGAAGCUCCGUUUUUACUCCCAUUUGCUGCACUUUUUGAACCGACACUUCGAUUAAUGUUGCAACUGGUAUCAAUAAGUUCUGGUUGUUCAACUGUUAUCCUUAGAUUUUUUCGCUCAAAUCACGACCUUAUUUAUCGCUUGGCAUCUUCCUUAUUGAUUUUGAAUAUAAGAACUCAUGAUGAUGGAGAGGAAAAUAUGGUGUUAAAGAAUUUAAAGACCACUGUUCAAGGUCUGGUGCUACAUUUAAGUGCCAUUGAAUUGUCUUCUCUCUUACAAAAUCAACAUUACAGUCAGCCAGAACGUUAUUUUCACCUGAUGCUGUCGCAGAGAGAUGAGAUAAUGGAAGAACAAGAUUCAGCAGCAGUCGAACCUGUGCAGGGACAAGGUGCCAUUGGCUACACUCCAAAUGAACAAAGGGAUGAAGAAGAAUGGCCUUUUCUGUGGCAGCUAUUAAGGACAAAAGCUGAUUUUAAUGAAAUAGAUAUUCCGGUAAUGGAGUUGCUUAAUACGAAAAAAUUGCAGCAGAUUUUAUUGUUAUGUCUGCGUCCCACAUCUGCAAACGUUCAGCAGUGUGAUAUCGAGCAUUUGAACUGGCUGCUCUGUAGGGAAUUUAGCGUGGUUGCUAAUGAAAUGCAGCCAAAAUUCAGUUUCGGAAUUUCGCAGGAUACCAAGCAAUUGCUUCAGUACUGCACAACUUAUAACCUUAUGAAAAAUGCAGAAGCUUCACUGCGGCAGCUUCUUUCUGGUUGGCUGUCGUUUGUAAAUGUUUUGGCUAUAUUCUGUCCGGUUCCAUUUCUCGCUCUCGAUGUUCAAUACCAGUAUCUCUCAGAUGCAUUAUAUCUCUUACUAAACUAUACUUCGGAUACAUAUAUGGACGCAAAACUUUCUUCAGCGGUUUCACAAUGUCUUCUGAGAUUGACGGCUUCGAUUUGUGCACUGCUAAAAAGUUUGAAAGAGGAUACUGAUGCGUUUAGAAGCGCUGUUACUGAUGUUGCCGAUGCUUUGAUCCGGUUUCUGAUACAGCCAGGUAAACGAUCGUUACAGACGAAGUUAGAUUUAUAUGCUUGCAUUUCACUCAUUUUAAACUGUUCAACUGAAACAAUUGUUUCGGAAAAAGAAGACCAUCAGGAUGUUUUUCAUUCUGAUGAUGAUUUUCUAUCUGGUUUAACAGCCUUAAAGAUUGUGCAACAUGAUAGUUUGCGAAUUGCAUUCACAAAAUAUGGACAUGAACUAAUUUCACUGCUGUCCAAAGAUAUUUGUGACUCACCACCAGAACUUAAAUUUGUGGCAUUAUUCUGUCUCACACAAAUACUGCGUGAAGACGCGAUGGGAUCUCAGUCGCUAGCACUUGAAUUCCUUCGUACUGGUGUGUUGCGAUAUGUUUUGGAGUCAGUGGCUGAUAUUAAUUUAAGUGGAUCCGAGAUUAAUGAUAUUCGUUCUUUGGAACACUUCAAUAUUAUAUUGACUUUGUUUAUUCGGCUCGCGCUUACAAGUUGUGGUUGGAAUGGUUUACAAGAUAUUAAUGCUUUGCAAGUGUUAGCAAGCAUCCCUCUUUGGUCAAAUCCACCGAAAGAUUUGUUUCUUGCGUCCAGUUUUGACCUAAAGACUCGUAGCGUCUCGUCACUCUACAUGAAUUAUAUCACAAACGUAGUGUAUCUUUGUAUUGCGUUAUGUUCGAAUUCUCACUGGAAAAGAAUCUCAAUCCAGGUUCUUGGACUGUUAUCGUGCAGUGCCGAUGUGCUGAAUCAUUUGAUGCGAACUAAUAGGCAAAAUUCGUUUCUUGUGAAAUGUGGCAUUCUCAUUGCUCAUAUCUAUUACUUUGAUACCUCAUCUCGGCCGUUCAUUGAGAAAUCAAGCUGUUUAAAUGCUUUAAGAAAAUUGUCCGGUAAAAUGUUAUCGUCAUCUUCACUCCCCUUGAAAGCCGCUUUCAACACUCCUCGACAUCUCUUUAAUAAUUCCAGUUCGAUUACUAGCUGACAAACAUGUUCUGGUUGGUGUUGUUUUAAGAAGUUGGAUCACAGUAUAUCACUUGUAAGCUUUUUUGAUAGUAGUAAUUUUUUUGUAGAAUAUCUUGGUUGAUGAUACUUUGCAUUUUGCAGCAGUUUAAGGCCAUUUGGAAUUGCUAUUUUACGGGAAAAGUUAAGAUGGUGAAGUUUCCAGGCCGAAAUGUGAGACAGUUAUGAAAUCACUAGAAAUCUAAAUUAUCCAUUUUUCUGUGCUUUUUGUAUUACUCAACUCUUUAUGUUGGAAAUGAAUAAAUUACUUGUAAAUCAAAGGGUCUCAACUUUUUUACAGAGAUUUGUUGAAGUUACUACAUUCACAUCUAUAAAUGCUUAAUGUCAUAUGCUUGCUUGUAUCAUUUAAUUACACAUGUGCUUCAUGCAUGUAUUUUAUCUUCUACAUAAGGUUUAUGACUAAUUACAUUUUGUUAGGACUAUUAAACUAUUGUUCUUUCGUAAAUAUGCUUAGUUUGCACCUUGUUAAAUCCGAAAUGCAUAUCAGAGCUGGAUUUAGUAAAACUAGAGUGG